AUGAUUGCGACCACGAUCCGCACCCCGCCGUCGGCGGCCGACUUCCUCCCCCUCGCCGAGUACCAGUCGCAGACGCCCGAGUCGUUUGUCGACGGCAAGCCCGUGCUGCACCUGCACAUCACUGGCGCCGCAGCCUCUGCGCCCAAGGAGCAGCUCUCAAGUGGUAGCUUGGCCGUCUUCCCCGCCGACUCCCCAGCUGCGCCUGCAGCCAGCAGCGAGAAUGGCGCCGAUGUUCCUGCUGAGGAGCUCGUCGAGCAGCAAGUCGACGUCUACGUCACAUCCGAAAACUUCAUCGUCUUUAACCCCAAGGCCGAAGCCGGCGUCUCGAUACCGUACCCCUCCAUCUCGAUCCACGCCAUCAAGCAGCUGCCGUCCUCGGCGCCGGCCGUUUGGAUGCAGCUCGAGUUCUCCGACGGCGGCUCCUCCGACGACGACUUCAACCUCGUGGAGCUGACCAUUGUUCCUCCGACCUCUGGCGCCGCCGCCGAGGGCUCCUCCGCCACGGCCUCGAAGCUCUACGAGGCCAUUGCUGCGUGCUCCAACCUCCACCCCGACCCGGCCCAGGAAGGCGACGACGACGAUGCGGACGAGGACAACUACGACCGCAUCGUGUUUGAGGGCAGCGCCGAGCACGAGGCCCUCGAGGGCUUCAGCGGCGUGCUGCGCGGCACCGCGGACGGCGGGCUGCCCCCGCCCAUGCCCGGCAGCGGCGGCUGGAUCACGGCCGACAAUGUCGCCGAGUACUUCGACGAGGACGGCAACUGGAUCGGUCCGGGCGCAGAGGUUGGCGGCGAGGACGACGCCGAGGAGCUUGGCGAAGGCGCCGGCCGGACGAGAGCGCGCGACGAGGUCGAGCCGCAAGACGGUGUGAAUGGCCACGGCGAGGAGGACGACGCCGAGAGCAAGCGUCAACGAGUCGAGUAG